CCCAAAACCACAGAAUUCUUCACCGGGGGCGUUUUGUGGGGUUAAGAAUAUGCCUUUGUUGCUCCCUAAUGGAGUCUCCUGCUGGUCUCAGAAGCCUCCAGUGGCAGCAGCGCCUCGUCAUGGCCCCGUGUGUGAGUCUGCUGGUCUUUCUCCACGGAGUCCUUACACUUCAGAUGAAAGGAGCGUUUGGUUUGUCAGAGGAGAGCAGUGACAGCAGUCCUGGGCACAGAAAAGGCUACUACAUAUUUCAGCUUCUGCCAAUUCAAAGAUUGAAAGGGGAACCAGAGAAUGCUUUUGACAGGAAGGCAGCCGACUUGCUAGCUCUGUGGACUUCCAGUGUUUUUGGAGCACCAGAUAGAAUUAGAACCACUGUCAACACAGUGGCAAGCUUCCAGCUUCCACCAGCGCCUGUCAUUCCUAGACAAAGCCCGCCCACUCUGACUCCUCCUGCGCUGGGGAGCACAGCUCUGAGAGGCCCUGUCCUCACACCCGCCACCCAGUCCAAGAUAUUGGAGAGCAAUGGAGAGACCUCUGUAUCUGGGAACCUGGGGAGCUACUUCGGCAUGUCAGCCAGGUUGUCCCUGAUACCCCAAGUUCUGACUACUCCAGGUCUCCCCACAACGGGAGCACUUCGCAGCACCAGCUUCCCCGCCUCGCCCACAACUAAGGAACCCCGAGGAGAUAUGUGAGCUGAAAUGCUUAGUGCUCCUCCCCCCCACCCCCCUGCCCCCGCCUUGGGAAGAGACCAGACCCACACCUGCCAGACCCUGGCCAACCACCCCUGGCAAUGUAUCCUGUGAACAUGACUAUUUUCGUUAUGGGAUUCACCUCAGUCAGUCACCAACUCCUCUAGGAAUGAAAUUCACCCAUAAAGAAGCUUCACUGACCCAGGAAAGUGAUGUUGGCACGUGCCCCACAACCCUGAGGCAAUUUCUCAUUGUUACCUAAAAA